AUGGGUUUCAGCACUACGGCCGAAUUUGAUCAGGCGUAUCAAAUUGUGCAGGGUACUUUUGCAUCUGGCACCACCAAGAAUAAGGGAUGGAGGCGUCGUCAACUGAAACGUGCUUGGUGGAUGAUUGAGGACAACAAGAAGCGCAUCUGCGACGCCCUCUAUACCGAUCUGCACAAGCACUAUCAAGAAGCCUACACCGGCGACUGUGGUAAUACUCAAGCGGAUAUUCUACGCACUCUCAAGAAACUGGAUGAGUGGACCAAGGAUGAGAGACCGGAAAAGUCCGAUCCUCUCAACUUCCUAGGAAGAGCCACUGUCCGCAAGGAACCUCUUGGUGUGACUCUGAUUAUCGGCGCAUGGAAUUUCCCGGUCAGUCUGCUCCUGCAGCCAAUGAUUGCCGCGAUUGCUGCUGGAUGUGCCGUCAUUCUCAAACCAUCAGAUGUGGCAAGUGCCACCCAAGAUGUACUGAUGGAAAUUGUUCCACAAUACAUGGACCAAGAUGCGAUCCGGUGUAUUUCCGCUGGUCCACAAGAAAUGGGAUACAUCCUUGAACAUCGCUUUGACCAUAUUUUCUACACUGGAUCCCCCAAUGUUGCCAAAAUCAUCCAUGCAGCAGCGGCAAAGCAUCUGACUCCCGUCACACUCGAGUUGGGCGGUCAAUGUCCUGCUAUUGUCGCACAGUCGGCGAAUCUCGAUCUCACCGCAAAACACAUUGCCGUUACCAAAUUCAUGAAUGCUGGACAGAUUUGCUUGAAUGUGAACCACGUCCUGGUCCACCCGAGCCUACGAGAGCGCCUUGUCGCCGAUUUGAGUCGAUACUUUGACAAGUUCCUAGGAGGCAAAGCCAACAACCCAGAGUAUUACACACACAUUAUCAACGAGCGCAACUUCGACCGCCUUGACAAUCUACUCCAGCAGACCUCUGGAAAGAUCGUCUAUGGUGGCCAGCGGGAUCGUCAAAGUCUGUACUUCGCACCAACGAUCGUCACUGGAGUCAAGCCCGGCGAUUCCCUUCUCUCCGAAGAGCUUUUCGGUCCGAUUCUCCCCAUCGUCGAUGCAGACUUCGAUACCGCUCUCUCUCGGACGCGUGCGGGAGAGCAUCCACUCGCGAUCUACGCAUUCACUACUCAAGAUGCCGACAAAGCUCGCAUCUUGAACGAAACCCAGUCCGGAGGCGUGACCUUCAACGACUGCGGUCUCCAUAUAGCUGCUUGUGAUGUGCCAUUCGGUGGCGUUGGAAAUUCCGGUCAGGGUCGUUACCAUGGCCCGCAUGGUAUCUUGACUUUCUCUCAUCUCCGUACGCACAUCAACGCGAAGGCUCACAAGCUGGUGGCACCCGUCACCCCGUCGUUUGACCGGGAUGGCAAUGAUACGACUUUCGCUGCUCGCUCAAAGUGGGCCUUCGGCGUUGGGAUUCUCGCGCUUUCUGCAUUGUUUGUGACUCGACAAGAUCAGAUUGCCGCUCUCGGUUACAAGUGGCUCAAGUAA